AUGAUUCUCGAGUCUACGCAACCGUCACUAACUACUGCUCUCAAGGCCCUGCUCGAACGCCAUGAAGCCUAUGUCGCCGACUCCGAACGCGAACGGAAGCACAUGCUUUCCACCAUAGAGGUACUGGAAAACGACAAAAUAGCCCUAGAGGCCAAGAAUGCGCAGACUAUCAAGGAGAAUCGUGAUUUGCUGGACCAGCUAGAGCAGCUGAACGACACUGUCGCCCACUCCGAUGCACACAUCCGAGCCCUCGAAGACACACUUCGCUCGACUGAAGAGGAGCUCGAGCGCCUCAGUACCCUGGCCGCCCGCACACAACUACUGGAAAAGCAGCUCAUCGACCUGGAAAGAGAACAAUCGCAACUUCAACGCAACCUGGAUGCAAAGCUCGUCGACGAGCGAACCGCUAUCCAGCGAUGGAAGAUGGCAGAGAGAACGAUAGGAGAUCUUCAAGAUCAAAUCGACCGCAUCGAAAAGGAAUCCCGCGCCGAACGUCAACGACACUUUGAGGUUGUAGCCCGCAUGGAGCGUAGAAUGGUCGUCGAGAGCGAACUCAACACUGCAGCAAACCGACUCAAGGCAAAGGCGGGGCAAGACAAGGGCAGCCCCAAUGUCGUAUCUCACUUCGUCAAGGACAUUCUACUCGACAACGCAAAUCUACAGCACGGAAUCAUGGAACUACGGGAAAUGCUAGGCAACUCCAAUGAAGAAGUGGAGCGGCUGCGCGAAAAACUCAAAGACCAUCAACCUGUACCUGAAAACCCCGAAGACACCACUAGUCCAACGCUGCAGAAAGAGCUGGAAAUGGAACAAGAAUCUCUGCUGAAUCAAGAAGUGCACAUUCACCACCACUAUCACGGCCCAAAGACAUCCAGAAACGCACAAAAGGCACCGGCACAGCGACGACCAAAGAAGAAGCGCUUUACUCUGACUCCAACUCACUUCGACCCGCCUCCAACGUUGGACCGCUCGUCUACAGCUACUAUCCUGAACCAAACCAAUGUCUCUGUACCCAACUCGCACAGGUGGUCUCAGGCGUCCACGCUUGGCCCAGGUUCGUUUUCAAGCUCGCCCGUGUCCGACUCUCAUCGCGGGUCCAUGUACGAUCGCGUUUUUAGCGAAGCCUACGACUCCUCGCGCCCUACGAGCCCUCCAGACUCCAUCGACCUUCAAUCUCCCAUGUUCGGCCCUGUCAAGUCGCAUGAAUACUACAGCUCCGAUGCAGACCCCCUUCCGAUGCUACGAAGGGGGUCAGGUACCCUUGAAGCAGCAAAGCACAGCUCAAGGCAUCUUCGCCGCAAGUCGCGUGGUUUGAUGCCACCGAGUCUCUCAGCCAUGCGUAGUUCGAGCACGCCGAUUGCCAUGAGCACUAAGAGUAGCCCAGCAUCCGCCAUCGUCUCCGCCGUCAGCCCCGCAAACUCCUUCUCCGACAACAGCUUCUCCCUCUCGCCCGCAAUGCAACCAGAACCCCAAGCUGCCAUCCCCGAAGAAAGCGAAGACUCCUCUCUCUCCACCGCCGAGCCCUCCCUCAUGAGCCCGACCGAAGACUUCGAGCCCGACCAGCUCCUCUCCCCCAAAACAGCAAUGCGCCGCGGUUUCCGCCGCCAAGCAUCCCACGAAUCCCUCAUCUCAGUCUCGGGCAUGGACAUUCACACACUUCAAUCCCGCCCCUCGCAACUCCUCUACCACAACGCCGCUCGCUACGCCACACCCGGCAACGCAGGCUCCGUCGGCCCUGAACUCACCCCCUGGACCGCAACCGCCCACGGCACACUCUCAAACAAGACUUCCGAGAGUAGUAUCCAAAGUCGCACCCUCCUCUACUCCAGCAUCGCAAACCAAAAGCGCGGGCCCCGCAAGAGCGAUGGCCCACAACAACCUUCUACCGGUAGUCUAACCAAGAAAGUCGGAGGCUGGGUCUUUGGUAAAUGGGGCGCUACUCCUACUCCCAGCACACAACCUCCCGUCACGUCGCCGUCGUCUACUCGGCCCCCGUCCGUGCUUAGCCAGCAGACGCAGUCGAGCGUUGGUACGACCACGGCCAAGGAGGGUGGAGACGAUAAAGCGAAGAAGAAUAAAGACAAGGCCAAGGUCAGACCCAGUGGGGUUAAUCAGAAUGGUCCUAUUUGGGGCUUCUUCGAUGAUGUGCCUGAUGCCCCGGCUAAGGUCGUCGUCCAGGAUUACGAUGCUGAUGCGCUUGGGGAGGCGCUAGCGGAGGGCGAGGUGGGCGCUGGGGAGGUUAAGGCGUGAGGGAUGAGGGUGUGAUACAUCUCAUCUCCUCCAUUUUGAUCUAGAUCUCGGCUUCGGCCACAUUUGUUUUUUCCCCUCACUAUCGCUGUCGCUGUUCGCUGUCGCUGUUCGCUGUCGUUUUUUGAUUUUGUUUUCCUCACCCCAUCAACACAAAACGAUGCAAGAUUGCAGUAACAAGCAUCGUAUAGCGUUCCCUAUCCUGGUUUCUGUUUUUUUAUCUCACUCAUGACGCGAUAACGAUUACGGUUAUGAUCAAGAAAGAUACGCUCGUUUGUGUGUUUUCGUUUUUCUCCUGUCGCUUCGGUUUUUCUGUUGUCUGGGGUUGGGUUUUCUACUACACAUAUAGACUGGACUACACUACUGCGUAUGAGCGAGCGAGCGAAAUUGAAUUAGGUUGGAUUGGAUUAGGUUGGAAGCGUUGGAAGCGAUGGAUGGUUGAUGAUGUUUGAUUUGGUAUGAGAUUGAUACCCCACACUUAUACAUACAUACAGAUAUACAUAUAUAGCAUGCAUGCAAAUGGUAGAUAGAUAGAUAGAUGGAGAGAGAGUUGGAUGAAGGAAUGAAUGGAAAUGCCAUGGCGACAUGGUUUGCUCGCUAUGUCUUUGCUUUG